AUGAUGAGCACCGGACAGAGGCCGGCCGAGCCUCCUUCCGCCUCCACCCCCUGGCACGGAAGAGAAAAAGCCCCGCACCGCCGCUAUAAGCCCUGCCCUUCCGUCUGCGGAGGCCGCUGGGAGUUGCAGUGCCGGCAUGGCUUGUGCCUGCCCUGUGGUGCCGCUUCCCCCGGCGCUAUAUCAGUGUUUGAUGAUGCAGUUUUAUCACGAGUCGCUUCAGAAAAUUUAUGGAACAUUGGUCCUGGUACCAAGACCUAUGGCACUCCUUGUUCAGGUACUUCCCAUCGUGGUGGCUAUUCCCAUGAUGCUGUGGUCUAUGCAUUUCGACAAUGCAGCAUUCGUCAUAUUGACACAGCAAAAAGAUAUGGCUGUGAGUCUCUCCACCAGAAAGCUAUCAAAGAGGGUGGUGUGAAGCGGGAGGACCUCUGGAUAACUACCAAACUGUGGCACAGUGAUUAUGGCUAUGAAAACACGAAAAAAGCCUGCUUGGAGUCAUGUGAAAGACUUGGUGUUGAAUAUCUUGAUCUUUAUUUGAUCCACUGGCCUGAUACCCAUGUUCCAGGUAAAAGCAAUCAGGAGGUCCGAGCUGAAACUUGGAGAGCAAUGGAGGAGCUUUAUGAGAAAGGUGUGUGUAGAUCAAUUGGCGUAAGCAAUUUUCUUAUCAGUCAUCUUGAGCAACUACAGGAAGACUGUGUGGUUACCCCACAUGUUAAGCAGGUUGAAUAUCACCCUUUCCAAAGACCUCGGGAGCUGGUGGACUAUUGUAGGAGCAGAGGGAUUGUUUUUGAAGGCUACUGUCCCUUAGCCAAAGGGGAAGCACUCACCCAUCCUAGUGUUGUUCAGCUGGUGAAGAAAUAUGGCAGAACUCCAGCACAGAUUUGCAUACGUUGGAGCAUACAGAAUGGAAUUGUGACUAUUCCAAAGUCCACAAGACCAGAAAGGAUACAAGAAAACUGCAAGGUGUUUGAUUUUACAAUAGCAGAAGAUGAUGUUGAAAUUCUAAAUGGAAUGCACGAUGGGAGACAUGUUUCCUGGGACCCGAGCCUUAUUGUGUGAAUGAAGGUUUUCAGUUUUAAUCUGAGGGAAGAAGGUGUGGAAUUUUUGAACAUGGUGGAUAUCAACAGAAGGUGAAUGCAUCCAUUAGCCAUUGUGGAAAGCAUAACGUAAAAAAGGGUUGUUUCAAACUUCAAAAGUGGUGAAUUCAAACUUUAAUUCAUUUUAAACUGAUCUGUAAGUUGUUGGGUGAUCAGAGUCAACAGCAAUUAACAAUCAGAAAUGGGUAAUAAUAACUUGUUUGCUAUCAUGUUGACCAUCUAAUGAAAUCCUUUUGUGUUGUUUUCUGUUGCUUUCUUGCAGAUACAAAUAUGCUUACUUCAAGUGUUCUGUUUUCUCAAAGCUGUUUGGCAUGUUUUUCCAGUGUGGGUUAAGCUAUAUCAAAAUAUUAUAAUUAAGUUGCUUUACCUGUAUGUACAUAAAUUAAGGUGUUAUUUAACCCCUUGGAAUGAGUUAGUUGUGCUUUUUUUCUGAGGGUUUAUAUGAGGUAUUAGUUACUUCAGGAUACAGAUGGGAGCAGGCUACAAUGUGUAGAACCUGCUUUGGCAGGGGGGUUGGACUCAAUGAUCUCUAGAGGUACCUUCCAACCCCAAUUCUGUGAUUCUGUGAACUGUUUGUAUGACUAACAGAAAUAGGAGCCAGUGGGUACUUAUGUCCUUAUGAGAAUUAGUGCUUGUUGUUUCUACCUGCACUUCAUGUAUCAUCACUGGUGUUAUAUCUCUCAGUUCUGGGAAGUUAGCUGGCUUUGAGAUAAAACAGAGCUGAAAGUAGCACAUGGAUAUCCUAAUUGAGAAAAUUAUGUCUGCACUGCUUAAGAAACAGUUACAUAAUGUUACAUUAGGGGUAAUUCUAAUCAAGCUUGCUUCAUGAUAUCAAAGAUGGUACAAAUGCCUUGCUUUCAUACACUGUACUAAAUUUAUGCCACAUUAUCUUCAUUCAAAAUAAUAAUUUAGUCAUGACAGGAAUUGUAAUCUCGGCUUUCAGGUGAUAGGCCUUGUAGCAAGAAUAGCAUUCUGUUUUCACUUGUACGAUGUAAACAUGUAAGAAUUAAUCCAAAAUGCAGUAUAUUUGUUCCAGCUCUACAUCAAAAAUCUGGACCUGAAGUAAUGCCUUUCUUUGUCUUGCAUUUCCCCUAGUCAGGGGAACUUGGGGGAAUUCUGCUGCCCACUCUUUGUACUUCCUUAGUGAGCAAAACUAUACUGUUCUGAGGAUCUCCUUUCUUGACCUGGCACAUCAUGAAGGAAUGCCUCUGCUAUUGGUAUAAGCUGUUGCAAUUGGUGGUGCUGGCACUGUGAGAGCACUAUCUUCUGCUGCUGUCAGAGCCUGCUGACACAGGCUUUGGGAAUAGCCCACAUUGCGUUUUCCUGCAAGACGGCAUUGUUUCCUUUUCCUCAAUUAAGAGUUAUCAGGGGUGAUGCUGGAGAGAAAUGUUUCACUGAUAAGUUUUAUUUUCAGGCUCUUGACUUUGAAUUUCUUCUUAAAUGAUCUCUUCAGAAAGUACUCUGAAAUUCCCAGUGUUGCUCCCCAUGCCAGUGGGAUGAGUAGGUGCUGACAGCUGUCAGCUGAGUCUUCCACCACAAAUUGUGUAAUUUGUGAAGGAUCAGAUCAGUGACUUUUUCUUUGGUUUUGUUGUCAUAAAAUGAUCAGUUUGACUUGCAUCAGAUCAUUGAGUGAUUUGGGUUAAGACACUGAAACUAAGGUUAUGUGGUUUCCUUGGGGUUAUCCUAUCACCGCUGCCCUACAGAAUAGCCAGGUUUCUGAAAUACUCACUGCACCGAGUUCCUGUAGUUUCACAAGAACACUGGUUAUCGCAGUAGGUAUGUAAAACAAGACUUUUUGUUCAUCAAAGAAACUUAAGUAUAAAAGGGCGUAUAUAUGAUAUUCAUCAUGUUGUCCCAUCUCUUUUUCUCUGACUGUAGACUAUCUCAGUUUUCAAAGGCGUUAUAUACCCUGGAUUUUUUUAAUGUAUUUUCUGGAAGUGUGAGUUUCCUUCACGUUGGAUCUGGCAGAUGGAAGGUAUCGAGGCUCUCAAGAGGCUGAACAUCUUUUCAAGUUUCUAGCUUGGUGGUGGAAGAUUCAACGUCUGUUUGCCAGUGUAAUUUAUUGAGUCAUUCUGGGAGAGGCGUGGAGCAACUGAAGCGUGAGCAUUCGCAUAGAUUUUGGAGUUACAAAGAGCAGAGUAAGAAAGGGAGAGGGAAAUUUCUGCACUGUGAUCAACUCAAGGUAACCAAGAGUCACAUACACUGAGGUGGGUGCUUCUGGAGGAGCUAUAAAACCUGAAUUCACUUCUUUCUCAGUCUUCGUGUGAUGGCAGUGCUACAGCUGUUAAAAAAAGAAAGACUUAUAGCUCAUUACUCUUUACAUAAAACUUUAGAAUCCUCUGAACUUUGAGAUUUUUUUUUUUUAUUCCCAUGUUGAAAGCCCAAUCAGUAGUGGUGUUUGUGGUGGCAAGGAGCGUAAGAUGAGCCCUCAGCCAGGGGCAAAUGAUGGCUUCAGUCGGCAGCCAGGUUCCCGUGCUCAGCCUCCCCGGCCGAGAAGCGGGGU